AUGGACUACUUUCUGUCUACCAAAAUCGGAGGGAGGGUUGGGCCUAAGAAACUUCAACAUAUGGAAAACAGUGCUUUGCCUAAGAUUCAUUUGGCUACUUCACUCCGGCUCGGAAUCUCUGUGGGUAUCAGAUGGCACAAGCAUCAUCACCUCCAUAGCGCCAGUUUUUGGGCAACUGAAGCAAAGAACUCAGACUCUGCCUCCUGGGAAUCCAUCAUCUCUUUGAAGCCACUAGCAACCAUUUUCUUGAAGUGUAGUAUAAAAAAUGGUGAAACUGCUCUGUUUUGGUAUGAUCUUUGGACGCCAUUUUGGCAGCUCAUUGAAUUCAUAGGACAAGCCGGACAAAGAGAUCUUAACGUACCAAUCAAUGCCACUGUCCGAGAAGCCUCAAGUGAAAUGGUAUGGAGAUUGUCAUCUCCACGAUCAGACAUGGCCUUAACAUUCCAGAUUCACUUGACAACUCUACCUCUGCCUCAUCUCCAGUCAGCUAGGAACACUUAUCAUUGGAUAGCAGACAACCCCGACUGCCAUGGCUAUUUCUCAUCUAAAACGUGGGAGGUCCUAAGACCUAGGGUCUCACCAAAGCAAUGGACAAAGGCUGUUUGGUUCAGUGGUGCUAUUCCCUGUCAGGCCUUCAACAUGUGGCUGGCUUCUCUCAACCGUCUGCCAACUAAAGUGUGCCUAGCUUCAUGGGGGUUAAACAUUCAUACAAAUUGCUGCUUCUGCACCUCCCCGCCGACUGUUUCUCACUUGGGAUGA